AGCGAAAGGCGCAUCUUCCCCGAGGGCUCGGCAGGGUCGCGUGGGGCUAUGGCGGUGGUGGUACUCGUCCGCUCUCCGCUGCCGCGGCUUCGCGCCCUGCUCCAGCGCUGCUGGGGGCGGCUGGAGCGCGGCCUCUGGCCGGGUCUCCUCGGGGGACAGAGCCCACCCUGGGGACCAGUACUAGCUGUGCAAGGUCCGGCUCUUGUUCCACAAGGGAUAAAUGAUGCUGGUGAGAGCAGUGCCGAGGCGCAGAGCCUGCUGGAGAGCGUCCUGUGGAUGGCGGCGCCCAAGCAAAGGCGCACCGUUGAGGUGAACCGCAGCCGGCGGAGGCAUCCCAGCAAGCUCAUAGAAAUGAAGAGGAACAUAGAUGUUUGUCCUGAGUGUGGAAACUUGAAGCAGAAACACGUCCUUUGCGGCUAUUGUUACGCAAAAGUCAAAGAAGAAACUCGACUGAUACGGAUGGAAAUACAUAAGAAGGAAGGAAGACCGUUUAAUGCUCCAACUGUGGAGACUGUUGUCCUUUAUGAAGGAGAAAAACCCACAGAAAAAGAUGCAGGCAAGCGGAUCAUUGAAAGAGCCAGGAAGCGUCCAUCUUGGUUUGUUCAAAAUUGAUGCUGUAGGAUUAAUGGUAGCAAAGGCAGUUGCUGCAGGAAGAGAAUUCAUGAUUUUCAGUAAUGUUUUUCUUGUUCACUCAGUGUGAACAGAACUGCUCUGAACUUUUGGGAAGCCUGCUUGAAUUCUGUGUUGUACCAUAUGAUUUUACGAUCAGGUGGUGUUUCUCUAGCAUGCAGUGGGAAAUGCUUCUCAGUGAUACAUCACAGCAGUCAACAAACAGAAAUCAGGAUCUGCCUUGGAUUUGGAUAUCUGCAUACAGUACACUGAACAAUUUGUAUGCUAAUGUUCUAUGCUGGUUUUGUAAAUAACAUCUUUUAAACAAAGCAAAAACAUUCACAGAUGUACAAUAAAGUGUUAAGUGUCCCAGGGAAA